AUGUCAAACAACUCGAACGAAAGCAACUCCCGUACUGCAAGUUCGACAACAAAUCAUAUGAACAUGCAUUCACCUUAUCUCAUGAAGUUCAUGAGUGAUCCUGUUGAUUUUACUGGUGACAUUAAGCGCAUCAAUCCCAUCAAUUGGAUAAAAAAAUUGGAUCGUAUAAAAAGUUUUGGAAAUUUGGACGAUGAAAACAUCAUACUUAUUGCUGUCGACCAUCUGGUAGACCAGGCCAACAGCUGGUUCAACUUGACUCAUCCAGACCCUGAAACUCUCACAUGGAAGGAAUUCAAGACUUCGUUCAAGGCUGUUGUGAGAUGA